AUGUCCUCCUCCGCUCCAAGCCUCACGCCCGCCCAAAUCGAAGCCUUCAACCGCGAUGGCUACCUCAUCAUCCCCAACGCCCUCGACUCCCAAACCGUAGCCUCUCUCCUCACCGAGACGCACAGUCUCCUCGAGAACUUCUCCAUCGAGGACCACCCCAUGACCCGUUUCUCGACGGGAGAGGGCGAAGGCGUGGAGCACGUGGGCGACGACUAUUUCCUAGAGAGCGGGGAUAAGAUCCGUUUCUUCUUCGAAGAGGACGCAUUCGACACCUCCGGAAAACUCCAAUACCCCAAACACCGCGCGAUCAACAAAAUCGGGCACUCCCUCCACACCCUCUCUCCCCCCUUCGCCUCGCUCCUCACACCCACCACUUCCCCCGCCCCCUCCACCAUCGCGCGCUCCCUCGGCCUCUCGUCCCCGCAAGUCCUGCAAUCAAUGGUGAUCUGCAAGCAGCCCGAGAUCGGUGCCGCGGUCCCCCCUCACCAAGACAGCACGUUCUUAUACACCUCUCCCCCCUCCGCACUGGGUUUCUGGUACGCUCUCGAAGACGCGACGAAGGAGAAUGGGUGUCUCUCCUUCCUACCCGGGAGCCACAAGUGGGCAGCUAUUGGGAAGAGGUUUGUGCGAAAAGCGGACGGGAGUGGGACGGAGUUUGUGACCAAUGAUGGCCCCCAGUUCCCCGCGGGGCAGGGAGGGGGUGAGGCGGGAAAGGAGGAGGAGGGGGGGGAGUAUGUUAUGGGCGAAGUGAAGGCAGGGUCGCUGGUGCUGAUUCAUGGGAAUCUAUUGCAUAAGAGUGAGAGGAAUACGAGUGGGAAGGGGAGGAUUAUAUAUACAUUCCAUGCGAUUGAGGGGGAUGCGGCGUAUGAUGAGAGGAAUUGGUUGCAGCCUCCUGCUGGGGGGUUUACGAAGAUUUAAAAAGGGGGGGGGCAUAUGGAUGGCGUGGUGGUGUACAUAGAAGAGAGAUUAUGAAGCACAAUUUU